UUCAGCAGUCCACCGUAGCCAAGAGAGAGAGAGAGAGAAGCAAAGAACAUAACCCAGGAAACAAUGGAAAGGAAAGCAAUAUCCUCAGUAGCUACUAUUCUUCUCCUAUUCCUACAAACCUGUCCUGCUUCCUCUGUCUUACCCAUCCACCAUUGUCCUGCUUCCUCCUGUGGCAAUACUCCCAACAUAAGUUACCCAUUUCGACUCUCAACCGACCCACCCAACUGCGGCGACAAGAGGUACGAACUAUGUUGCGAGAACAACGCAACAAUUUUAACUCUGUUUUCGGGGAAAUACUAUGUACAUGAAAUCGAUUACAAGAGAUACACAAUCAGAGUGAGUGACGCGGGUGUUGUGGAGGACACUACUUGCUCCUUUAUCCCCCGCUAUUUCUUUUAUUAUAGCAAUUUCAGUCAAAAUAUCUUUGGUCCUGGAACAGAUCUGUUAAAUUUGGAGCCUUUUGAUGUUCCGAGAAUAGCAUACUUCAACUGUACCAAUCCAAUCACAGAUGAUCCUAGAUAUGUGAAGGUGGAUACCACUCGUUGUGGCACGAGAGGGCAUAUCUAUGCUGUUCUAAAAAAUUCAUCAAAUGAUUUUAGUGUGAUGGACAUCAAAGUUGGAUGCCAACUGAAGGUGGCUACUUUUGGAAAUUGGGGGACAAAGAAAGAUCACAAAAAUAAGAAAAACGUUUCCUAUGAUGACAUCCACAACAUGCUGGCUUAUGGAUUUGGGCUGUCUUGGUUAAAUGUUAUUUGUGAAGCUCAAUGCGGAGAGGGGAAGGGUUGCAGUGUUAUCAAUGAAUCCAGCGGUCAAAUCCAAUGUGACUGGCUAAAAUGUCGUUAUAUCUACCGGAAGAAUGAAGUCGCCCAUUAUUGCGGUGUGCCUAGAGACUGUGAACGUUUGGAUUCUCGUGGAGCAAGAUAAAUAGCUUGUUCUUCAAGUAAGCAAAUUGUAAAGCUCCAAGAGGAAGUGAGCCCAGGGUAUGGAGGGUUUUCCAUAAACCUGGAGUUUACUAGAGAUUCGUCUCUAACCCCGUUUGGGGAUAUGAUUUCAGUAACACAGUUAAUUGAAGAGCCUCAUGGGACCAGGACACUAACCGUGGCUAGAGGUACUAGUAUGAGGAUGUGGAGUUCUGGGUGGUCGGAUGCUACUAUUUGUUUUAGACGUAUUUUUGGAAAAGAUGUAUUGUUGCAUAGUGUUCAUAUUCGAUACAUGUACAUUUAUGUAUUCAGGCAUGAUGAUAUGACUAUGUAGUAUUCAGUUAUGUUAUGUAUUGGAUUGCAUGCUAUUAGAUUUGUGGCACGGAGCCAAGUUCAGCAUGCGCCCAUAGAUGGGUAUCUGAGUAUAUUUGCAUGACUGGUACUUCUGGAAAUAUAUAUUGUUUAAACUGUCUAUCAGGAACUCUUGAGAGUGGGAUUGAAAAAUCCCCAGUUGUCCGAUUUACAGAGGUUACUCUGUUCGAUUUUCGUCUCCGUAAAAUAAGAAUUAAAUUAGAAGAAGCAUGCAAUGUGAUAUGUCAUGUGAAAAAGGAUUAAAGAAAAAGAAAAAGUUAGUUCGUAUUUUCGUAAGUUAAGUCUUCCGCUGUUUCUGUUAAGUAUCAUAUGCAUGUUAAUUGAACCGGCUCGAGG